GAAAGACACACUUUAUAUACCACACCGUUUCCCCUCCCCAUGUCUGGACAGUUUUCUUGGUCCCAUGCCUUCCAUCUCCUUGUGAUUGCUGCCCUGUGACUUCAUCCGGGUCAUGGGAUAAUCAAUCCCUCUAUGCCCGCGUACUGUUUGCAAGAUUGCCAUUAUUUCUACCGCAGCGCUUUGCGCUUCCUCUCGAUCCCCACAUUCUUGGCCUGUCGCUACGCAUAGGUUGAUUGUGCUGACUCCAUGUCUUACUCGUCCAUAGCGAUCCGUCACUUUACGGCUCCUAAGCCGCUGGGGAGCGCGAUGGACUCUGUCCGCUCUAACACCCCCCCGGAGACCAAGAUUAGGCCAUCCACCAAUGCUACACCGAUGAAUGGAGAGUCAUUGGAACCUCCCAAGACGGGCUUGACCUUUGCCAACCAGGAUUCCCUACCCAAGCUGCCCAUUCCGGACCUCGAAGACUCAUGCACGAGAUAUCUUGACUCUCUAGCUCCGUUACAGACACCCCGAGAGCAGGAUGAUACCAAGGCGGCCGUGCAGGACUUCCUCCGAUCAGAAGGGCCGUCGCUACAAGAUAAAUUGAAGACCUACGCCUCGUCGAAAACAAGCUACAUCGAGCAGUUCUGGUACGACUCAUACCUAAACUACGAUAGCCCCGUCGUGUUGAACCUCAACCCCUUCUUCCUGCUGGAAGAUGACCCAACCCCCGCGAGAAAUAACCAGGUGACCAGAGCGGCGUCGCUGGUCGUGUCAGCCUUGUCAUUCGUUCGAGCCGUAAGGCGGGAGGAACUGCCUCCUGAUACUGUCCGUGGCACGCCUCUCUGCAUGUACCAAUACUCCCGCCUGUUUGGAACGGCGCGUGUGCCGACGGACAAUGGGUGUGUGAUCAGCCAGGACCCCCAUGCAAAGCAUGUUGUCGUCCUGUGCCGGGGCCAGCUCUACUGGUUUGAUGUGCUGGACGAGAACAAUGACUUGAUCAUGAACGAAAAGGACAUUGCUGUCAACCUCCAGGUGAUCAUUGGAGAUGCCGAACAGACGCCCAUCCAUGAUGCCGCAAAAGGCGCCCUGGGUGUUCUGAGCACGGAGAACCGCAAGGUGUGGUCCGGUCUGAGGGAUAUUCUGACUAGAGAAGAGGGCUCCAACAAUGCGGAGUGUCUAAACAUCGUCGACACGGCCUUGUUUGUGCUAUGUCUGGACUAUACUGAACCACACAACACCUCUGAGCUCUGCGCCAAUAUGCUUUGCGGUACGAGCGAAGUUAUCAAGGGCGUGCAAGUAGGCACCUGUACCAACCGCUGGUAUGACAAGCUGCAGAUCAUCGUGUGCAAGAAUGGAAGUGCGGGGAUCAACUUCGAGCACACCGGUGUGGACGGCCAUACGGUGCUUCGAUUCGCCAGCGACGUCUAUACGGACACCAUACUCCGUUUCGCGCGGACCAUCAACGGCCAGGCACCUACCUUGUGGGCAACGACCAGCCCCGAUCCAUCCAAGCGUGACCCUCGAAGCUUCGGCAACGUCAGCACGACGCCUCGGAAACUGGAGUGGGACAUGGCGCCUGAGCUCAGCAUCGCGCUGCGGUUUGCGGAGUCACAUCUGUCCGACCUGCUACAGCAGCAUGAAUUCCAGGUCCUCGACUUCAAAGGAUUUGGCAAGAACUUCAUCACCUCGAUGGGAUUUUCCCCCGACGCCUUCGUGCAAAUGGCAUUCCAAGCCGCAUACUACGGGCUUUACGGCCGUAUGGAGAACACCUACGAACCGGCGAUGACCAAAGUCUUCCUGCAUGGUCGGACGGAGGCGAUCCGGACAGUGACCAGCGAGUGUGUCGAUUUCGUCAAAACGUUCUGGGGCGACAACCCGGCCGAAGAGAAGGUGAGUGCGCUGCGGAAGGCGACUGAGAAGCACACGGCCAUCACGAAACAAUGCUCGAAGGGCCAGGGACAGGACCGGCAUCUGUACGCGCUGUACUGCCUGUGGCAGCGAUCCUUUGACGAUGACGCCUCGUCGGCGAGCAACAGCGUGGCAGACAGCUCCAAUGGAUACACCAGCCCUGGUGAGACCGCGUCCGUCGAGUCACCCAAGUCUUCCGCAAUGUCCGAGGAUGGGAUGUCAUCAUCGAAUGGCUACAGCGUACGUAGUAUGCGCACGAUGCCGGCGAUCUUCAGCGAUGCGGGCUGGGACAAGAUCAACACGACGGUGCUGUCGACGUCCAACUGCGGCAACCCGUGCCUGCGGCACUUUGGCUUCGGGCCCACGUCGGCGGACGGGUUUGGAAUCGGGUACAUCAUCAAGGACGACACGAUCUCGUUCUGCGCGUCGUCGAAGCACCGGCAGACGGCGCGGCUGAUGUACACGUUGGAGUCGUACCUGAUGGAGAUCCGGAAGCUGCUGCGCACGAUCAACCACCGGCCAGCGAGCCCGCGCACGAGCAGGGCGCGCGAGAUGGAGAUGAUAGCCGAGCGGUUCCAAGGGGAUCACCGCCGGGGCCGGAUCGUCCGGGGCGACCCGGGGCAGCUGCAUCGGGGAGCCGAGACACCCACGACGGACAGCGGCGAGAUCGAGGACGACGGGAUGGGCGGAUACGGGUUCUUCGACGCAGGGAUGCUCCUCCACGCGCUCAAGGGGCUGAAUGCAGACCGCGAGCGGGGCGCCGACAAGCCCGAGAAGCGUCGGUUUGUCGGCAAGAAGCUGCGGCUGAACGACUAUUGAGGAGAUGAGUGCACGGGCUUGGGUUCUGGUGAUCCCGGGUGUUGGGCGUAUGUACAUAGGUUGGCUCCGGCGGUCGUGGAGCCGAUAAUCGAUAGUCAAUAAAUACCCAUACUACCACGAC